CGCGCCUCCUGAGCUGUCAGCCAAUCACAGCGCAGCAAACCUCCUCCCAUAGCCACGCGUUUCAUCACAAACAGAGGCUGACUGAAGGAGUUACGAGUCGUCUUCUCACUUUUCAAAUCUACAUUAAAGAGGUGUACGAUGCAGGUGAUGCAGUUGCUGAGGGGUGCAGUGAAGCAUGCUGGGAGCAGUCCCCGGUGCAGUGUUGAGCGACUGAUCUCAGCAGUUCGUGGCAUCAGCUCAUCCUCAUCCGGCACUGAUACUGAUCACCCCAAAAUCCUUAUCACGGGAGGGCUUGGACAGCUAGGGGUGGGGCUUGCUAAGUUGCUGAGGAGACGAUUUGGAAAGAACAACGUGAUCCUGUCUGACAUUAGGAAACCGCCCAACCAUGUCUACCAUAACGGUCCAUUCAUCUUCUCAGACAUCCUGGACUAUAAGAACCUCAGGGAAAUCGUGGUGAACAACAACAUCAGCUGGCUGGUUCACUACUCGGCUGUGCUGUCUGCCGUGGGAGAGAACAACGUCGCGCUGGCCAAAGAGGUCAACAUCACGGGUCUCCAUAACAUAUUAGACAUAGCAACCGAACAUGGUCUGCGUGUGUUUGUCCCCAGCACCAUCGGUGCCUUCGGUCCGUCCUCGCCCAGGGACCCCACUCCUGAGCUGUGCGUGCAGAGGCCACGCACCAUCUACGGCGUCUCCAAGGUCCACGCGGAGCUGAUGGGGGAGUACUACCACCACAGGUACGGGCUGGAUUUCCGCUGUCUCAGGUAUCCGGGCAUCAUCUCAGCUGACUCCCAGCCUGGAGGAGGAACCACAGACUAUGCUGUCCAGAUCUUCCACGCCGCUGUGAAAACUGGUUGUUUUGAGUGCAACCUGCGCAGCGACACGCGGCUUCCUAUGAUGUACAUCGAUGAUUGUCUCAGGGCUACGCUGGAGUUCCUGGAAGCUCCAGCCGACACGCUGCUCAGCCGCACCUACAACAUCACCGCUAUGAGCUUUACACCGCACGACCUCAUCCUGGAGAUACAGAAAGUCCUGCCUGACCUCAAGGUCACCUACAAUGUGGAUCCUGUUCGACAGGCUAUCGCGGACGGCUGGCCAAUGGCGUUAGAGGACAACGCGGCGAGGCGGGAAUGGGGCUGGAAGCACGAGUACGACCUCUCAGAGUUGGUGCAGACCAUGCUGACUCACAUCACUACGGGCAACCAGCUCGCACAAGCCUACUGAGCCUUUUGUAGCAACUCCAUGCAAAGCUUUAUUUGACACUGAAGAUUUAAGGGCGCUUUCACAAGCCAACAUUUGGUCAGUUUUAAUCGAAGACUAAAUAGAAAACAAACCAAAAGUAUGAAUUUCACUCAGAUUUGGACUAACCAAACGGCUUGUGAAAGCACCCAAAGAGAAUUUUUAGCCUUCACUAUUACGCUUUAAAAAGUUAUGUCUUGACAAAAAAUCUUAAGAUCCUAAUUUAUGACAAAUAUAAAAUGAUUAAGAUUUAGACCAUUCAAACAACUACUACCAAUUUGACAUUGAAACUAAGACAUGAACCUUCUUAUCAGAGGCAUAAAAACAUUCCAGACCUCUCAAUAUCAUAUCACCCAUCAUCCGUCCAUCUCCAUCUCUCUUUUUCCUCUUCUCCAUCCAUCCAGUUUUUGCUUAAUCUGAUGCAAGAGCAUGCUGGGAUAUUCUCACUAAGUUACUGAACUUUAAAGAGAGUUCUCUCUCUGAAUGUACUGAAUGUAUUUAUGUCAUGUUAAGUAUGCAGAUGACUUCCUGUUUAUGCAUCUGUAGCAGCUAAACGCUUGCUGCCUUAGGGGGACACUCCUCCUGCUACCCUGAAAACCAGUUGGCUUUGACUAAGAGCUGCACUCCAAAUGGUCUCCAAUACGUACUGUAAUAAACACUGAAGGCUUUACCUCGGGUGCUGUUACUAUAGAAACAGGUGACCCCAGCUAGUGGGGCUAUAGGAUAGUUUACAGGUGCUUGGACUGUAGCCGCCUAGCAGGGCUGUAGGCCUUAAAACAAGAGUUUGAGUUCAAGACGAAUAGUUUCUGAAAGCUACUUUGCACUAGGUGCUUUUAAUAUUUGUGUUAUUUCUAUUUAAAUGAUUUUUAUUGUUCUGUUUAGAAGCUGGUGCUGAAUAUUUAUGAAUGUCGAAUCAGCUCUUUAGGUUUGCAGCUGUACUGUAGGAUGAAGGGAGUAAGCAUUAGAGUUUCAAUUGUUUGUGUUUUUUAAUAUUGAUGUUAUUUAUAAUGCUAUUAUUUGCAGCUUUUUCUCUCAAAUCAAAAGAAUGUUCAGACUUUUUAAAAAAUAAAUACUUGAAUGAAACCA